CAUUGGCAGCACUCGUACUCAGAAACAGGUGACGCAUUAACAAUUUUGCGUUUGUCAUAAAUAAGUUAAGACAAAGGGCGAGUUUUAAUUGUGAUCUCCGGGAUUUUGUACACUUUUAAGCACAAUGUCUUCUAGAAGAAAGGUCCUCCUCAAAGUUAUCAUCUUGGGCGACAGCGGUGUGGGUAAAACAUCGCUAAUGAACCAGUUCGUGAACAAGAAAUUCUCUAACCAGUACAAGGCAACAAUAGGAGCAGAUUUUCUCACGAAAGAGGUAAUCGUCGAUGAUAGAAUCGUUACAAUGCAGAUUUGGGAUACUGCCGGGCAGGAGCGUUUCCAAUCAUUGGGAGUGGCGUUUUAUCGCGGGGCGGAUUGUUGCGUCUUAGUUUUUGACGUAACUGCCCCCAACACAUUUAAGUCUUUAGAGAGCUGGCGAGAUGAAUUCCUGAUACAGGCUUCACCGCGUGACCCAGAAAAUUUUCCUUUCCUCAUAUUAGGUAAUAAGGUUGAUUUGGAAAAUCGCGCUGUGACUCUUAAGCGUGCACAACAAUGGUGUCAGAGCAAAAAUGAUAUCCCAUUCUAUGAGACGAGUGCCAAAGAAGCUGUGAAUGUGGAACUAGCGUUCCAGGAAAUUGCCCGCCGUGCCCUGGCCCAGGAGACUGAGACAGAGCUGUACAACGAGUUCCCUGACCAGAUUAAGCUGAAUGCCAAUGACUACAGCCGUGACCGCGAACGGGACCACUGUGCUUGCUAAACCUCACAGCAAGCACCUUGUGCUCUUGCUAAUUCAUUUCUCAUUUUUUAUUCAUUAAAUACCUAUUACAAAAAGUAUAUUUAAUAUUAUGGUGUAAGUUAAUGUCUUUCAUUAUGUCAUUGUAUUGUAAAGAUGUGUUGCAAUGAUAUUAAUGAAAUACAUGGAUUUGAUUUGUUUGUUGAGCACAUGCCACUAAAACGGUUUAUAUGUAACAGUGCACUAUUUUGCAUUUCAAUUUAUGGCUCAGCUUUAACAUUCAUUGUCUGAUCUGCCUGUUCAAGGAUGUACAUAGAUUUUACUCUAUAGCAGUGGGAAUUGUGUUCUUGAACAUUUAAUUCACUUAACUAUAUAAAUGUCUUGGUCUAAGGAUAAAACUAAAGCCUGUUUUUCUUUGUUGUAUUUGUUUAGCCUGGAAUAUAGUGUUCUAAACAGAUUACAGUAAUACCCCGCUUUAUGCGACCCUGUAUAGCGUGGAUUCGCUAUAACGCGAUUUUUUAUUUUGACGGAUCAGAAGUACAUUGGCACUCAGGAAACAUUAUAAUAAUUUUUUUUAAUUUAAGUAUAAGGCAGAGAAAAUUGUCACUUUAAUAUUGUUUUUUAAAUGUAAAAUGAUGAAGUUUCAUUAAACAAACGAUUUAAUUGUAAUUUUUGAAGAAGUAAAAUAAACUAUUUUCAGUUGGUAUGUUGGUUGGUACCUUAUUCAAGUGACCCUGAUAUAAGCGAUUUUUCCUGGAAUGCAUCACUAGCGUGAAGCGGGGUAUUACUGUACACAAAAGGCACACUUGCCUCUGGAUUAAUAAGCAAUAUUUAAGUAGGCCUCUUAGUGUAUUUUACUGGAGUAAUAAAUAUUGCACAGGGUUUUUGCACCUGAUUAUUAUGUUGCAAUGCAAGCAAUAAAGUAAAGUUUGAAAAAAAUGCAUGUGAUGUAAUUCUUAUGAAUAACUGAGCUCAGCAUACCAAACAAGUGUACUUACAUCUGCAAUAAAUAGUUAAAAAAUAGUCCAAGUAUGUAAGAAAAUCUUUAUGUACAAAUCAUUUUUGAUUCCUUGACUGGUUUGGUUGGCUGUAUUAAGCAAUGAAUAAGCUGGGUUGAGUAUCUGACAAUGACACUAUGUAGAUAGCAAUAUUGAAUAUGUUCCCUGUAAAUUCUGGAUAAAUAUAAUUUUAUUUGUUUUUGUGCUGGCUAGUAGAAAAUUUAAAUUUCUUAUAUGUAUCAAUGGUUUUAUUUAUGAUAAUUUGUGACGUGGUAUUUCUGUAGAAACUGUAUUUUUGUAUAAUGCAGCUGGCAAAACUAGUGCUAGUGAAAUAACUCUAAAUUACACACAAGCUCUUUAUAUUACAUUGUAAAUAUGUUUUGGGUCCUCUGAUGUUUAUGUAAAGUAUUACAGGUGUAAUGUUCAAUCAGAGGUUGAUCACUCUAGUACUCAAUUUUCAAAUAUUUUAAAAAUGGCCAACAUUAUUGAACUGCAGUUGAAUGGUUUAACCAAAGUAAUUCCAGCUUUCCUAUAAAUAUUGUUGACAUGCCACAUCCAGGGAAUUAAUUAAACACCAAAUAAUUAACAAACAUAAUUAAAAUAAUGGGCGCAUUCCAUUUUAUUUCAUUCUUUAAGGUAGUAAAUCAAUUAACUCAUUUUGUUUAUUGUUACACAAAAACUAUUUGUGUAUAUAUGGAAUAUUGUGUUAGUGUUAAGUAGUUAAUCAUAACUUGAUAAAAUACUAUAAUUGUUCAAGUUAUAUAUCAUUAAGGCCAUUAUGAGAACAAAAAAGUUUUUGUAAAAUCAUGUGUAUUUAUGUAACUGUAUACAUAAGAUGAGAGAGCCAUGGCCAAAUCAGGAAAAACAUUUCUGCCUUGUACUAUUCACAGACGGCUUGAGUCACGUGCCUAAUAAAUUAAGCCCAUAUUAAAUGAUAAUUGUAGCAAAUGUUCUAGAACUUGCCAUUAUUAGAAACCAUAAGAUUGAUUGGUGGCUGCUGAACAUUAAAAUAAUAGAGUUGAACAGUAAGGCUUUAAAUAUAAGGCUUCACUAGUUCCAACUAAACUUAUCAGUUACACCUACUCAUAAGUUCCAAUUACUUAUGAAUAAACCUGUUGAAUUCCUAAAGUAUUGCUUAAAAAAUACAAUGUGUAACUACAUAUUUAUAACCUACUAACUUCAACUGUCAAAAAGAUGUCUAAGAUCUAGACUUGUUUAAUAUCUUUAAUUCAUGAGACUAAUGAGGGUUUGUCUUGUAAGUGGUUAGAUAGGUGCUCUGGCUUUACUAUGUCCAUGCGAUUGCACUGAUUUUUAUAGUUGUGAGGCAGUAUAAUUUAUUUUUAGAACCCUUUUUUAUGUGAUCAUUUCAUAAAGUGUUUUUUUUUAGAUUGUUUAUCUGCUGCUAAUUGCGAGUCUGCACAGCUUUAUAUUUUUAAAUCGCGUUCAUUGCGUACAUUCAGUUAUGGCAUAAUAAUAUAAUAUUUCAUAUUUCUGUAUAUAUAUAUAUAUAUAUAUAUAUAUAUAUAUAUAUAUAUAUAUAUAUAUAUAUAUAUAUAUAUAUAUAUAUAUAUAUUAUCUAUACAGAAAUAUUUAAAUUUUUCAUGUGUAGAAUCUACUACUUGAUUCGUCAUUUUUUUCACUUCCUCUCAGAUGUGCGUGAUCUGAGGAAAAUUGACGACUACUAUAGGCAGUAUCCAUUUUAGUGACCGGCCACACCAGAGCGUCG